AUGGCGGGUCGCGGAAAAACUCUUGGAUCCGGUGGGGCGAAGAAAGCCACAUCUCGGAGCAGCAAGGCUGGUCUUCAAUUCCCGGUCGGUCGUAUCGCUCGAUUCCUCAAAGCCGGUAAAUACGCUGAACGUGUUGGAGCUGGUGCUCCGGUUUACCUCGCCGCCGUCCUAGAAUAUCUCGCCGCCGAGGUUCUUGAACUCGCUGGAAAUGCAGCAAGAGACAACAAGAAGACACGUAUCGUUCCUCGUCACAUCCAGCUUGCAGUGAGAAACGAUGAGGAGCUAAGCAAGCUCCUUGGAGAUGUGACUAUUGCCAAUGGAGGAGUGAUGCCUAACAUCCACAAUCUCCUUCUCCCCAAGAAGGCUGGACCUUCAAAGCCUCAAGAAGAUUAG